CUAACAGGAACAGGGUAUGUCAGCCUUUGUGUUUUACAAGGAACAAAGGUUGUUUGCUGUGCUGGCUGCGUCAGGGUGACAGGUGAAUAAAGCUUUAUCUUGGUGCCAGUAGACGUGCAGCAUGAUGCAGAGGUGCCGGCAACCUCUCCUGCUGCUGGGUUUGACUGCAGCGCUGGUCUUGAAUAUCCUGGGGAAAGUUGCUGAGGCUGCAGGAGAGGAUGCUCUGGAUGUGAAGAACUUGACCAGCAAGGGUCUGCAGGUCAUUCCUCAUAAUGACAACAGCUCCAACGUUACUAAACUGCUGGUCCAGGGGAACCAGAUCACUCUAAAUGAGACGGACCAACAAGCCCUGGCCUCUUAUCCCACACUGGCAGAACUCCACUUGGAUGGUAACCGGGUGACUGCUGUACCAGCCAAGUACUUCUCUGUGGUUCCACACCUCAGAGUGCUAUCUCUGUCCAGGAACCGUAUCCAAUGCCUGGAUCCUGAGGCUUUCUUUGGCCUGCAUGUCCUGACAGAGCUGGACCUGUCCAACAAUCAGCUGACAAGCCUCCCCACACAGCUACUCAGAGGGAUAAACAAACUACAGAAGCUGAACCUACAGGGAAACCCCUGGAAUUGUUCCUGUCCACUGCUGAGCAUCAUUGGAGAGAUCACAGCAGCAAACAUUAUCAUUGGGCCACCUGGAGUCACCUGUGCUUCUCCAGAUAUACAGGCUGGAAAAGAUCUUUUAGAGGCUGCAGCUGUGUGUUACCCAUCACCAUUACUCGCAAAUAAUGCUGACCCACAAAAACCAACAACACCGGUCACCUCUCAACAGUCCCGGGCUUCAACCACUACACCGAAGACCACACUGUCAUCAAGCCAGAACCACAGCUUAAACAAUGACCAGACUCCUGUGCUCGGCAACACAUGGAAGUUCACAGCAUGUGUCGUAGCCCUGGCACUAACCACCUCCAUGCUCAUUUUAUGUGCCAUCAAGGGGCCUUCCUGGUACAAGCUCUUCCACAACUACCGUCAUCGGCGGCUAGACCCACAGGAGGAUGACGACGACAACUUUGCCUCAACGGUCUUCUCGGAGAUGGGAAGAUACCACAACCAGCACACCUUCACCUUUGAGACACAGAACGGGCGAGGACAUCAGGAGGAGGACGAGGAUGGGUAUUUUGAGGAUCCAUACAUCAAGAGGGAGGAGUGACUUGCUGAAGAGGGGGAUUCGUCAGAACCAUGAAGGAACACAGAGCAGCUUUAGGGCCCGGUCACACAUACGUGAAUGUAGCAGUGGUGAAUCUUCACUUCCCAUUCACUUCCUAUCUGUGCCAGCAAGGGGGCAAAUAAAACAAUUGCUUACUGUGACGUAGCAAAUCGCAGCGUGGCUUCGCAUGCAGUUCAACUUUGGUGAACUUUUACCCGCGGUAUUCGCUUCGGAUUCACGUAUGUGUGACCGUGCCCUUAAAAGGAGCCAAUCACCUUCUUACACAGAUGGGUGUUUAACACAUCAGGAUAUUUUUUUUCUAGAUGUCAUAUCAAAAACAAAAUAGAUACAAUUAUUUCACCUACUUAUUUAUUAGCACUGCUAAAUACUAUCAGUCUGACAGUUACUGGCUGUUACUGUGAGUUUGUUGUACUGUUGGUGAUACAAGCCAUUUCUGCUUUUUGUAUCGAUUUUGUGUUACCCUGUGACAUCACAAAGAUAAUGCAAAAACAUACAGAUGUGAACAUUAAAGCUCUUUCUAACCGAA